AUGACAGAUUCAUAUAAAACCAAUAUUAAACCAGUGGAACCAUUGAUCGGGAAAACAGAAGGUACAGUAGAGGUUCCUGUAGCAGAGGUUGGAAAAACUGAAGGAACUUCAGAAAUUCCUACGGGGAAUGUUGGUAAAACUGAAGGAACUGUAAACCCACCCUCAGGGUCUGAGGUUGGUAAAACUGAAGGUACCUUAGAGAUUCCUGAUUCAUCCAUUGGUAAAACCGAAGGUACCACUCAAGCAACCACUGCAGGAAAAACUGAAGGCGAAGUCGUCGUCCCUGGGACAGAUAUUGGUAAAACUGAAGGUCCUCCACAAAAAAUUGCUAAAACCAAAGGUACUGUGGGAAAGACUGAGGGCACUGUGGAUAUCGGAAAGACUGAAGGCACUGUGGAUGUAGGGAAGACUGAAGGCACCAUAGGGAAGACUGAAGGAUUUGUGGAUGUGGGGAAAACAGAAGGCACCACUCAAGUCCCCCCAGGUAAAACUGAAGGCACUGUCGAAACACCACCAACAACAGCAGACUCUAGCGCCCAAUCAGGGUUGAAAUCCAGAGAAGAAUUGAUGGACAUGUUUCGUAAUGAAAUUUUAGAGUUAGUUGCAUUAUCAAUCGAAGUUGAAGGAUACGACAAAGUUUUAGAAUAUUCACAGGACAUGAAAGAUAUGCCCCAAAAAUUAUCUUUCAUCUUACCUGAACAUUCCAAAUACCAUUUGACCAUCAAAUACAAGGUUACUCAACCUUUAAAGAAUUUGGUUUACCACCAAGUGGUUAAGAAAGGAGGAUUCGUUUUCAAACAAAGAAAAGAUGUUAUGACUGAGGUGGCUCACCCUAAUGAUGAAAGUAACCCUCAUCAUGUUUGUAGACUUCCAGUGGAUAAGAUUCCCGGAGGAUCCAUCGUAAGGGGAACUUUUCCAGCCACUUCGAAUUUUUACUCUGACGGGAAGUUGAUUCUUGUUGCAAAUUGGACUAUCCAAGUGGUCAAAAAAGGUACCGAACCAGCAAUGGGGCAAUAA